AUGGUUAUUGAAAACCAGAACCGCCAAUACGGCGGGAUGGGCUUUGACAGUGUUUACCACCACAACACGCCGCAGUUCACUGACCCGUGGACCGCUGCCCACACCACGUCGCAUUCGACGCCUCCUGUCUACGCGACAUCCAUGGCAUCCAAUCCGAUCCUGAACCACCCCAAACAGGAGGAAGUGAGCCGCCCAUCCCCCCUCUCCAUGCCCUACUCGAGCAUCCCCGUCUCCGCACCUUCGAUGGUCACCAGCAGCACAUACUCGACUACGCCUGCGACUAGCUACCCAGCACCAGAAGUGAUGGGUCUUCACCACGAUUUGCCUCGCACGUCUUUCGAACAGACUCCUGCCUACACGACUGCUUCGUCCAUGAGCAGUUUCGCGCCAGCCAGCUAUGCGCCAAUCAGCUACGCCCCCCUGCACCACCAGGAUAGCCGCCGGAUAUCACAUGCUGAUCCCCGUGCCAGCCAAUCACAGCCUUCUUCGGCUCCUACAUUCGGUGACGCCCUUGACGCCAGUCGCGGAAUGGUCGCACUCAGCCAGGACUUGACUCCCCGUAAUAUUUACGCUCCUCGCAACGGCCGGGGCUCUGGAGAUUCAUAUGGAUUCCCUUCCGCACACUCUUCUGGUUCUUCGAUCUCCUCCGGGGGCAGCUACCCAUACUACAGCGCUUCAGUCGCAUCCGUCGAGUCUUCUGUGACCGACUACAGCUCCACGACUUCCGAGUCCUACGAGAACGGACACCUGUCGCGGACUCUUCCUCGCCCAUCGAACCUCCUGACUGGUAGCGCUCCCCCGGGACCCCAGUCCAUGAUGAGCCAGUUCAGUUCGAAAAUGCCCUCCAACACUCAGAAGAAGCACAAGUGCAAGGUGUGCGACAAGCGCUUCACCCGCCCCUCAUCUUUGCAGACCCACAUGUACAGUCACACUGGUGAAAAGCCUUUCGCCUGUGAUGUAGAGGGCUGCGGUCGACACUUUUCCGUUGUUUCCAACCUUCGUCGGCACAAGAAGGUUCACAAGGGCGAGAAGGAAGGCGCCUCGGGUGACGAAGAAUAA